GAUGAUCCCGCAGGUUGUUUUUUUUCCCCUUCCCCCAGCCGCAAAGUCUACUUAGCUCCUCCUCGUCUCGCGCUGCUUCACCCAGGCGGGGCCCAUCUAUAGAAGUCGCGCGCGCGCGCGCUCCGCUACCCUCCCCUUUUUAAAGCCCCGCUCGCGCACCCGGCGUUCCCUUGCGCGGGCUGUUUGGCAGCUUACCGGCUCCCCAAGAUGGCGUCCAUUAUGGAGGGCCCACUGAGUAAAUGGACCAACGUGAUGAAAGGCUGGCAGUACCGCUGGUUCGUGCUCGAUUACAACGCGGGGCUGCUCUCUUACUAUACGUCUAAAGACAAAAUGAUGCGGGGAUCACGCCGAGGAUGUGUUAGACUGAGAGGAGCUGUGAUUGGUAUAGAUGAUGAGGACGACAGCACCUUCACAAUAACUGUUGAUCAGAAAACCUUCCAUUUUCAGGCUCGAGAUGCAGAUGAAAGAGAGAAAUGGAUUCAUGCUUUAGAGGAAACUAUCCUUCGUCAUACGCUUCAGCUUCAGGGUGUGGAUCCUGGAUUUGUUCCGAGUGUUCAGGAUUUUGACAAAAAGCUGACAGAAGCUGAUGCUUACCUACAAAUUCUAAUAGACCAAUUGAAGCUUUUUGAUGAAAAGCUUCAGAACUGCAAAGAUGAUGAACAAAGAAAAGCAAGUAUUUGUAAGAUUGAAAACCUCAAAGAAACAACCAGCAGCAUGGUCGAGUCAAUAAAACAUUGUAUAGUUUUACUGCAAAUUGCCAAAGAUCAAAGUAAUGAGGAGAAGCACGCUGAUGGACUUAUAAGCACUAUUAACCCUGUUGAUGCAAUAUAUCAACCUAGUCUGCUGGAAUCAUCAGUGAUCAGCACAAUGCCUACUCAGACUGUCUUACCUCCAGAACCAGCCCAGCUUUGCAAAUCAGAACAACGGCCGUCAUCCUUGGCUGUUGGGCCUGUUAUGACAUUACUUGGAAACCACCAGACUCCAACACCAAACAGUACAGGAAGUGGACAGUCAGCGCCCAGUAGCAGUUUAACUUCUCCGAGCCAUGUCAAUCUUUCUCCAAAUACUGUUCCAGACUUCUCAUAUUCCAGCAGUGAAGAUGAAUUUUAUGAUGCUGAUGAAUUUUAUCAGAGUAGCUCAUCCCCAAAGAGAUGUUUGGAUCCUUCAGGGACAGGGACAAUCCUAACAUGUAGCAGCACAGGAAGCAGUAUGAAACGCCCAGACACAGCAGAGUCCCUCGAUUCUUCUAUGUCUAAUGGUACAAAUGACACAGAUCUUUUUGAUCCUCCUGAUGAUAGAGAUGAUGAUGCUGAAGGAGAAUCUGUGGAGGAACACAAAAGUGUCAUCAUGCAUCUUUUAUCGCAAGUCAGGUUAGGAAUGGACCUAACAAAGGUGGUUCUUCCAACUUUUAUUUUGGAAAGAAGGUCACUCUUAGAAAUGUAUGCUGACUUCUUUGCACAUCCAGACCUAUUUGUGAGUAUUAGUGACCAAAAAGAUCCAAAGGACCGAAUGAUUCAAGUGGUGAAGUGGUACCUCUCAGCUUUCCAUGCUGGAAGAAAAGGGUCUGUUGCUAAAAAGCCUUACAAUCCUAUCUUAGGAGAAAUCUUCCGAUGUCACUGGGUCCUGCCGGGUUCUGAACAAGACGACAAUACAGAGACAGUUGCAGAUGGACCACUUCCAUGGGUUAAUCAGAACAGUGUAACAUUUGUUGCAGAGCAAGUUUCUCACCAUCCUCCAAUUUCAGCAUUUUAUGCAGAAUGCUUUAGCAAGAAAAUACAGUUCAAUGCCCACAUCUGGACCAAGUCAAAAUUCCUGGGAAUGUCUAUUGGUGUUCAUAAUAUAGGCCAAGGAUGUGUGUCAUGCCUGGAUUAUGAUGAACAUUAUAUUUUGACUUUCCCAAAUGGUUAUGGGAGAUCCAUUCUCACAGUGCCAUGGAUAGAACUGGGAGGAGAGUGUAGCAUUAGUUGCUCCAAGACAGGCUAUAAUGCUAGCAUAACCUUCCACACAAAGCCUUUCUAUGGCGGGAAAAAGCACAGAGUUACAGCAGAAAUCUUUUCUCCUAAUGACAAGAAAUCUUUCUGCUCUAUUGAAGGAGAAUGGAAUGGUGUCAUGUAUGCAAAAUAUGCGACAGGGGAGAAUGUAGUCUUUAUAGAUACCAAGAAAAUGCCUAUCAUUAAGAAAAAAGUACGAAAACUGGAAGAUGAAGAAGAAUAUGAAUCCCGCUGCCUAUGGAAAGAUGUAACAUAUAACUUGAAGAUCAGAGACAUUGACGCAGCUACUGAAGCUAAGCAUAGACUUGAAGAAAGGCAAAGAGCUGAAGCCAGAGCCAGGAAGGAGAAAGAAAUCCCAUGGGAGACACGGCUAUUCCAUGAAGAUGGAGAAUGCUGGGUUUACGACGAGCCACUACUCAAACGACUUGCUGCCAGUAAAUACUAAACAGGCCAUGCCUGUGAACUUCAAGCCUUGGCUUAGUGGCACCACUUGUAACUUCCAAGUACUCUUCUUUUGAGAGAGCCUAUCUCCUUCAGUUACAGUUCCUAUCUCAGGGAUACUGGACUUUCUGAACAAUUAAAACAGGAAGAGCUUUGACUGUGUAGCAGUAAUUUAUAUUGGCCUUUCCUGUCUGACCUCCCUGUGCUUCUAGGAGAAUUAAUAAACCCUGGGCUUGAGGCCCCUCAUGUACAUUUUCUCCACCGCUGUAGAAGGAGCAGUGAGGCAUUUGAUCCCAGUUGUCUAGCAUUCUUCAUCAUACAUACCUGUGUAUGGCUUGACAUCAUUACAGCCAGUAAAAUUUUGUGUAAAUAUAAAGAUUUCUUUGGCCAGUUUAGAAAAUGCAGAAGUCUUAUCUACCAAAUGUGUUUUUUAAAAAACACAAUAUCAAACUUGGCAUUUCAUUGUUUCCCCAGAUAACAUUGGUAUUUUUAGAAACUAAGAUGUUAUUAUAGAUUGCCAUUUGAUUCACACUGGUGCAUAUAUAAUGCUUCAUAAAAUAGAUUUUCAAAUG